AUGGGUGUCUGGCAAGAGACCCUCAACGGCACGCGCUCUGGCCCAACUACGACACAGAAGGAAGCAAGGAGGCUUAUUAGUGACGCCAAGGGGAGCAGGAGCAGUGCGGAGCAUAAUAUAGUCUCCUCGCACGUCCCCGACGUCCCGCUGCCCUCUGGGAACGCUGCCGCCUACGUCCUGGAGACCGCUAAAGAAUGGCCCAACAGAACUGCGCUGGAGUGUUCGCUGACGGGCCGCAGCUACACGUACGGGCAGCUGGUGGACGCCGUGGCCAGGUGGGGCGGGCAGCUGCUGAGGCUGGGCCUGAGGCGGGGAGACACUCUGGCCGUGAUGAUGCUCAACUGCCCCGAGUACCCCGUGGUGGUGCUUGGGGCGCUCUCCGUCGGGAUGUCCUGUACGGGCAUUAAUCCGGCAUAUACUGCAGAGGAGGUGAGCCGGCAGCUGCAGGACAGUGGCGCCUCCCUGGUGGUGCAUGACAACCACACAGGCAAGGUGGUGGAGGCCGCGCUGGCCCUCCUGAAGAAGCCGCUGCGAAGGAUCCUAAACACAGACUCCUCGCCGCCCGCCGGAGUGGUCAGCCUGAGGGGCCUCGGACUCGUGGGGCAAAGCAACAGCGCGCAGGCGUCACUUCAGGAGCAAAGCAACACACCACACACUUGA